UUUAUAGAAAAAAGAAAUAAAAAUGUAAAGGAAAUCUCUUGUUUAUUCUCGUGUAUAUAUUGAGAAGAUACAUGCCUAUCUAUCAUCAUUUCGUUAGCAAAUUUCUCAAACUUUCUCUCAAGAUCUGAAACCACUCUGAUGGAGCAAAGUAAGGAGAAAAAUGCUCCUUGGUUAUCAGUGCCACAGUUUGGGGACUGGGAUCAGAAGGGACAAGUGCCAGACUACUCUCUAGAUUUCUCUAAAAUUCGGGAAAUGAGGAAGCAAAACAAGACAAAUAUUUCAAGGGCAAGUCUUGGUAAUGAAGAGGAGCUCAUGGCUUCUUCUGCCACUAACAAUACAAGCACUGUCCACAGUGAUGACCACCAGCACCCCCACUACCACCAAACCAACUCUCCAACUACAAGGAGGAGCUUCCUGAGCUACUUCAACUGUUGCAUAAAAGCUUAAUUCUCAAUGGAAUGUAGAACCUUUUCGUGUCUCCCUAACGCCGUGGACGGACAAUAAUUGUGGUUUUGAGCUUGGUGAUCAUUUACUUGGCACUUGUUUCUGAUUUAGGAAAACAAAUGUUUCAUUUAAGCCCUAAUCUUAAACAGUGAUUCUAUAUUACACUUGCGUUUUAGUUUGAAAUUUGUGUAUUUAAUUUAGAGGUAUAAAGAAGAUGGUAAGCAUGUAAAUGGCGCUUAGGACUCUUUGAACCUGUACCACCAGCUCCAAAAUAUGAUGAUGAAUUAAUCCAGCACAGUAACGAUCUUCAUUGGUUUCCUUCUCA